AUGGAGGCGAUCAAGAAGAAAAUCGCGUCGCUGAAGCAGGAGAUGGACCUGGCUAACGAGAAGGUAGAGGCGAACGAGGUGAAGCAGAAGCAGGAGAACUUUCGAGCGGACAAGCUCCUCGACGAGGUGCGCGACCUCGAGAAAAAGCUCGUGCAGAUGGAGAAGGACUACGAGACCGCCAAGGCGAAUCUGGAGUCGCAGAGCGCCGAGCUCGAGCGCUGCGAGAAGGCUUACGUGAAGGCAGAGCAGAACCGCAGCUCGAUGACCAAGAGGGUGCAAGACAUCGAGACCCAGCUGUUCAAGAAGGAGGAGCUGCGGCUGUCUGCCACCAUCAAACUCGCGCGCGCUACCGAGCUCAACGACGAUGCCAGACGUAUGUGCAAAGUGCUGGAGGAGAGAAACAGACUGGACGAGGAGCGCAUGGAGAAGUUGACAGCCGAGCUGAAGGACGCGAGGCUACUGGCCGAGGACGCCGACACCAAAUCGGAGGAGGUGUCGAAGAAGUUACAGUUCGUCGAGGAGGAGCUGGAGGCUGCCGAGGAGCGCGUCAAGACCAGCGAGGCGAAAAUCAUCGAGCGCGAGGACGAGCUGUUCAUCGUGCAGAAUAUCGUCAAGUCCCUAGUCGUGUCCGAGGAAAAAGCAAACGCACGAGUGGCGGACAUGAAGGAAAUGCUGAAAGAGCUGAAGAGAAAGCUGAAGGAGGCGGAGAAGCGCGCCGUGCUUGCCGAGAGGACCGUGAAGAAGCUCAUCAAGGAGGUCGACUUCAAAGAAGACGAGCUCCGAGAAGAGAAAGAAAAGUACAAGGCGCUGUGCGACGACAUGGACUUCACCUUCUCCGAAAUGACGGGCUUCUAGCCGAGCUGUUCCUCGUCGAAAUUACGCAUCACAGAUAAAGAUCAGCUUUACUUUUCCGCUCAUCUCGCGCUCUCCUCUCUCUCUCUCUCUCUCUCUCUCUCUCUCUCUCUCUCUCUCUCUCUCUCUCUCUCUCUCUCUCUCUACGUUUCAUCGAAAAAUCGCACACUGCCCUUCUUUUCAUCCAACUUGCGCCGCCUCGCCAUCUCUCUUUUUUCCCUUGGCUGACGCAACGUUUUUGCGCGCGCGCGUGUGCCAAUUCUUUCUACCGCUCGGCGCUACAAAAAGCUUGAUGUAUCGAUGUCGUUUCGGCUAUAUUUGCGAGUUCGCCUUCGAUCGCGUUCAUUGCCGUUGUCCUUGCUUUGUUUCGCUAACGAAUGUGCCGUCGCCACGCAUCACGCAUGGGACUGAAGACUGCAGCGCUCGUGAGCAACGUCUUGCAUCGA